GAUUUGAGUUUGAGACCCCUCUUUAAGAGUGUACAGGAUAUGAUUGCUCAAGCAGUGUCAGAGGGCUGCCUUGGCAAAUAAACUGCUAGAGUUUCCUAACCAGCAGAAUGUGUGAAUGUCAUCUGCCUGCUGCUGUUGGCCUGUGUUUAUUUUUUUUUCCACCACCCACUGGUUAAACCGGCUCAGAGAAUCGCGGAAGCAGGAAAUCGUGUCUCAUGCACCUGCCUUUCACUAACACAGUCCACUCUGACUCUAUGCAGCUUUACUCUUCUCUGUAUCACGCACUCACAGGUGCAGCCUAGCUGAUCCCAGGCAGACGUCUGACGAGUUGUUUGUGGGUUUACGCUGCCACAUAUCAGAUAAUCAGACCUUACCUGGCCUCAUAAGCAGCAGAAUGUCAGAAACAGAUGAGUCAUUCAAGGCUGUGCAGCUUGACCAAAACGCUGCAGAGUCCACUAAACCAGAGCCAGAGAUCCCUCAGCCUUAUUCGAGUGAAGCUGACCCGGCCAGCACUCAGACAGAAAUAGGAGAGAGAACACCAGCCCUAGCAUCCACUGAGGAUGACCAAGGAGGGAGGUGGACCUCCGCUGUGGAGCAGUUCAAGAUCAAGAGAUUCUUUGUCCUUCGGCCCGGGACGCUGGAUCAUGCCAUUGAGGAUAUCAAAGCCCUGGUAAACCCCAAGGAUGACGGUGCUGUCCAGGGCAUUUGGCUAAUGGCUGAGAUUGAUCACUGGAACAAUGAGAAAGAGCGGCUGGUGCUCAUCACAGAGAACUCGCUCCUCAUCUGCAAGUAUGAUUUUAUCAUGCUGAACUGUGAGCAGAUCCAGAGAGUUCCACUUAACUUUGUGGACCGCAUUACCCACGGGGCCUUCUCCUUCCCCCCUCGCUCCCUCCUUAAGCGUGAGGGAGAGGGGGUGCGAGUGUUCUGGGACAGGCUCAGGGAGCCCUCUUUCAUGUCUCGUUGGAACCCUUUGGCUGUUGACUAUCCCUACGCUACACUGACCUACCACCCUGUGCGAAACGUCAACGACAAGCUGGCCAGAAUGUGUGAGAUCCACACUUUCAGAGAGCAGCUGACCGCAGCAGCACAGAAAGCCCACGCUCGGAAUCCGGUUCCAGGAAAGGCUAAUGGAGUUUUGGUUCUGAACCAGCCAGUCCUCAUCGAGGCCUACGUGGGGCUCAUGUCUGUCAUAGGCAACCAGAACAAGCUGGGCUACUGUCUGGCUAGAGGAAACAUUGGCUUCUGAACAGAGGCGACAAAGAGAGAUGAUUCUGAAUCUGUAAAAAGUUGAAGUUUAUAUUCUUGUUGUUGGUAACAAAAUCUUGUAUCUUUGAAAUCUUCAAUCUUUAGACAGGGACUGUUCAUGACCUCACGAGGCCCCUGGGCACAAGCUUCUUUGGAAGAGCCCGCCCCAGCCACACACUCUGACAGCAUGCA